AAUUCACAUGAUAAACGUCUCUCUGGUUCAUUCAUCAUCGUUUCCUCCGUCCAUUUCAACAACCUCAUAAACCCCACUUCGCCGCCUCCGCCUUCGCCACCGCCACUUCAGGAAAAUGGCAGCCGCCACCGCUUCGUUUGCCUUCUCAAGACUCCUCUCCUCCGCCACCAAACCCCACCUCACCUCCGCCUCCACCUCUCUACUCCCUGCCAACCACCGCUCUCUCGCCUUCUCUUCCUCCAUUUCUCCCCUUCGCAUCAAAAACCUCGGACUCACCCACCGUCACGCCAUCAGAUACUCCACCACCCCCAAAGUCUCCGCCACCAUCUCCGUCGGAGACAAACUCCCCGACGCAACCUUAUCCUACUUCGACUCCGACGGCGAACUCCAAACCACCACCAUAACCGAUCUCACCAAAUCCAAAAAAGCCAUCCUCUUCGCCGUCCCCGGCGCCUUCACACCCACUUGCUCCCAGAAACACCUCCCCGGAUUCGUGGAGAAAUCCAGCGAACUAAAAUCAAAGGGCGUCGACACAAUCGCUUGUAUUUCAGUCAACGACGCCUUCGUGAUGAAGGCAUGGAAGGCCGAUUUGAAAGUCGGCGAUGAAGUGUUGCUAUUGAGCGAUGGAAAUGGGGAUUUCACGAAGGCAAUUGGGUGUGAAUUGGAUUUGAGCGAUAAGCCGAUUGGAUUAGGGGUUAGAUCAAGGAGGUAUGCGAUGCUUGUUGAAGAUGGUGUUGUGAAGGUAUUGAAUCUUGAAGAAGGUGGGGCUUUCACUUCCAGUGGUGCAGAUGACAUGCUCAAAGCUCUUUGAAUCUGUUUCAUGUGAGUUUUUUUUUUUAUGGAUUUGAGUUAUGGGUGUUUUUUGUUUUGCAUCAAUAAUGUGAGAUCUUUGAGCUUAGAAGUUAGAAUUUUUGAGCUUUUGAUGUGUAUUUGGGCAUUGAAAUGAGACCAAUUUGUAUAAUUGGUUAUGCAAGUUUUAACUUUAAUUA